AUGGACAUGGCGCUAUAUAAAUUAGAACUAAUCAUUUUUUAUGGGGUUGUGAUAAAAUGCAGACCGUCCCACGUUGAUAUAUCACCAUCCAAUCCCUUGAUACAUUCCGUAAACAAUUACUUCCAGAUUCCUCCCUUUGAUGACCCUGAAUAUUACUACGAUCAUCUUGCUUCAUCUGAAACUAUUCAACGUAGGUUGAGCGUCGGAUUAUCACAAGGCUACCACAACUGUUAUAUUUGGGAUUUUAACUCGCUUAGCGGAAUCUAUGAAAGAAAUCUAGACAGUAGCACUUUAGUAAAAUUUACAGACAUAAAAACUGAUUACCUGUACGUCACAAUCAACUACUCUGAACCUCUUGCUUGGACGGACGUGUACUCAUUUGUUACAUUUGAUUACAUCAUGGAUUGGACUUCAAAUCCACACAUUCAAAAGUGGAUGUCGUGGCUCAACAGUUCUUACGCCUAUCUUGAGAAAAUUAUGAAGAUUAAAAAGAAAAAGGGUGUUGGAACCAUGCUAGACGUAAAGAUAAACGUAUAUUCGCAAAAAACAGCAAAACGAAUGACAAAAAUAUUUUCAAGGCAAGUGUUGCUAAACAACAUGGAAAGACAGGAGCCAGUUCCUGAUGAGUUUGAAGAGAAAAAAUUUCUUCGGUCAAACAAGGGAUGCUACAAAGAAAUCGUCUCCUUCGGAUCGGAUAAAUUUUUUUUUGACGUAGGACUGCCGGAUGAAGUUGCCUCCAGUGAUAUCUUAUGCCACAUGCGAGGUUUUCCUCCAAAAGCCAAAGCUAAGUGUAGUGGAAACUUUGUAUUUGGUUACAGUUGGGUUCUUAAUGAGUUGUUGGACUGCGCCUCAUUCAAUAUCAAUGAAGCUGAUGAAAGUUCGAAUCUAACUAAAUCUUUCUAUGAUAUCCUACACAAAGAUAUGAAAGACUAUGAUGAUUUACUGGAAAUGACUAAAGACUUACUAACAAAAGAUCCAACAGGCUCAACCGUCCAGUCAAAAGAUAUUUCAUUAGUAGCUGCUAUUUUGGAGAAAUCAAACAGCACCGACUUCCAUAUGAGCACAGAUCACCGAAUUUUAAAUUCCAUGGAGACGCUAGUGAAGAAGUUGAGUGAAGUAAGCCAAGACAUCAACGUCACGUGGUCGGGAAAAAAUUUGGUGACUCAUUUUUACGAAACUAGCGUUCAUAAUCAUAGUAUGGGAUUUGCGCUGUUGAAAUUAAAAGUGGGUAACAAAUCUGAAAAGUAUAUUUACGGUGGCGGCGUUUUGGAAGCAGGAGGCGAUAACUUGGAUGAAGAUUUGGAGGUUGCUCUCUUGAUACCAGAUGAAAUUUACAGACGAAAAUCUCCCCUGGAAGGAGAUUUUCCUGUUAAAACGAGUCUCAUAGUCUAUAAGACCGCAACCCUCUUCCAAUCGUCGAUGACGUCAUCGUCACCAUUAUCGUCCGCGAAAAGAUCUGCUGGUCUUAAUAGUUCUUCCUUGGAUGAAAAUGGGAAAGACCCAGCUGAUGACGAUGGAUGUGAAGAUGUCGUCAAUAGAAAAAUAAAUUCACUGAUAAUUAAAUCAUCGGUGGGAGGGAGAAAGAUAUCAAACUUGAAGAAAAAAAACACUAUUUCUAAUCCUGCCUGCGUGUAUGCGAAAUAUAAGAACGAUCGGAUCGAAUGGUCGACUGAUGGCCUGGAAACGAUUGACUCAAACGUUGAAGACUUUUAUAUCGAAUGUGAAAGUGACCAUCUGACGAACUUCGCCGUCUUAGCGGUGAGAAAUUAUUCGAGUUUUUCUGUUACCGUUAGAAAAAAGGGUUUUGAAAAAGACCUGCAUUCGAAGAAGGUCGGCAUCGCUUUGCAGUGGGUAUCCAUGAUUGGAAUGAUCAUAUCCAUCGUCUGCUUGUCCCUGGUCAUCAUCGGACAAAUUAUCUUCAAAAAAUUUCGCAAAGGACAGUACCACAUCGCACUCCUUAAUCUAUCAAUAUCUCUCAUUUGCGUCAACCUCAUCAUCAUGUUCGGACUGGAUAAGAAACCACCAUCACCACCACUAUCGUCGUCAUCAUGUACGUCAUCCUCUACGUCAUCAAUAUCCCGUAAAACCAUUGGCUGCCUGGUAAAGAGCGCUCUCUUGCAUUAUUUCCUUCUUGUUUCGUUUUCCUGGAUGCUGAUUGAAGCCAUCUUGCAGUACUUGAAGUUUGUGAAGGUUUUUAAUACGCACAUUUCGAGCUUUGUUUGGAAAACUAUGCUGCCUGCCUGGAUUUUACCAGCCAUCGUCGUGAUUGUCACCGGCUCCGUCGAUUACAGGCUGUUCGAUGGCUUUAAACAUCAUUGCUGGUUAGCCAAAAAAGCAUUUUACCUUGCUUUCUUAUUACCUCUUGGCUUUAUAAUCCUUGCUAAUAUCGUAGUGUUCAUGAGGGUGAUUAAAGGGAUUUCAUGUGACAGACCGAAAGGUAUGGUAACGAAUCAGUCGCAGUGUAAACUCAUCUGGCUGCAAGUUCAAGUGGCUCUCUGCUGUUUCGUCAUCAUGGGAUUAACAUGGUCGUUCGCCUUCUUCGCUUACGGCGAUGCAUCGGUCGUCAUGUACUUCCUGUUCGCCAUCUUCAACUCCCUUCAGGGACUGUUCAUCUUUUUGCUGUUCAACUUGCGCGAGAAACCAGUGCGUCAUGCUUGGAGCAGUUUCGUUCGGAAGCCGGCAAAACAUUUACCAUUUUCAACGUCUUCGACGGGUGCCACCGCGCCAAACACGAGCAAGUUCACACCCAACAAGUUAGUUGAUAAAGAUAAAAAGAAAGCUUUGUCUACUGAGUUGGAUUUUUUGAAUGCCACAAGUUCAGGUCGAAGCUUGGAUGACGCUGAAAAAAAUAAUUUAAAGAAACGUUCCGGUAGUGAUGGGAAGGGUGAAGAACACGUCAACACUUUUUCGAAAUCUAAUUAA